AGGCUCUAGCACACACUUGAACCCCCUGAGUAGCCACUUGGUCCUCCACUCCUUGCUCACUCAGAGUCAGAGCCCCUCACGUGGACUCCUGGGGUGGGGAUAGGAGACUGGCUGGUCUCUGGUCUUAAGACAGAAAGGAGGGGACAUGGAGAGGAGUGACUGUUUCUGGGGAAGGGAGACGGGUGGCUGGGCUGGGUGAGGCACCCAGUUUGGCCCAGCCUGACAGCCCAUUGCCCACCCCCAGGUCCCAUCUGAUGCCAAGGCUGAAGGAGUCUCGCUCCCACGAGUCCCUUCUCAGCCCCAGCAGUGCAGUAGAGGCGCUGGACCUCAGCAUGGAGGAGGAGGUGGUCAUCAAGCCGGUGCACAGCAGCAUCCUGGGCCAGGACUACUGCUUCGAGGUGACAACAUCAUCAGGAAGCAAGUGCUUUUCCUGCCGGUCUGCAGCCGAGCGGGAUAAGUGGAUGGAGAACUUACGGCGAGCUGUGCACCCCAACAAGGACAACAGUCGGCGUGUGGAGCACAUCCUGAAGUUGUGGGUAAUCGAGGCCAAGGACCUGCCUGCCAAGAAGAAGUACUUGUGUGAGCUGUGCCUGGAUGAUGUGCUCUACGCCCGCACCACAGGCAAGCUCAAGACGGACAACGUCUUCUGGGGCGAGCACUUUGAGUUCCACAACCUGCCACCACUGCGCACAGUCACCGUCCACCUGUACCGGGAGACCGACAAGAAGAAGAAGAAGGAGCGUAACAGUUACCUGGGCCUGGUCAGCCUGCCUGCUGCCUCAGUCGCUGGGCGGCAGUUUGUGGAGAAGUGGUACCCAGUGGUGACGCCGAACCCCAAGGGCGGCAAGGGCCCUGGGCCCAUGAUCCGCAUUAAGGCGCGCUACCAGACCAUCACCAUCCUGCCCAUGGAGAUGUACAAGGAGUUUGCCGAGCACAUCACCAACCACUACCUGGGGCUGUGUGCAGCCCUCGAACCCAUCCUCAGCGCUAAGACCAAGGAGGAGAUGGCGUCUGCCCUGGUGCACAUCCUGCAGAGCACGGGCAAGGUGAAGGACUUUCUGACAGACCUGAUGAUGUCUGAGGUGGACCGCUGUGGGGACAAUGAGCACCUUAUCUUCCGGGAGAACACACUGGCCACCAAAGCCAUCGAAGAGUACCUCAAGCUGGUGGGCCAGAAGUAUCUACAGGAUGCCCUAGGCGAGUUCAUCAAAGCACUGUAUGAGUCAGAUGAGAACUGUGAAGUGGACCCCAGCAAGUGUUCAGCUGCUGACCUCCCUGAGCACCAAGGCAACCUCAAGAUGUGCUGUGAACUCGCCUUCUGCAAGAUCAUCAACUCCUACUGUGUCUUCCCCCGGGAGCUGAAAGAGGUGUUCGCCUCAUGGCGGCAGGAAUGCAGCAGCCGAGGCCGGCCAGACAUCAGCGAGCGGCUCAUCAGCGCUUCCCUCUUCCUGCGCUUCCUCUGCCCAGCCAUCAUGUCGCCCUCGCUCUUCAACCUGCUGCAGGAGUACCCUGACGACCGCACUGCCCGCACCCUCACCCUCAUCGCCAAGGUUACCCAGAACUUGGCCAACUUUGCCAAGUUUGGCAGCAAGGAGGAAUACAUGUCCUUCAUGAACCAGUUCCUGGAGCACGAGUGGACCAACAUGCAGCGCUUCCUGCUGGAGAUCUCCAACCCUGAGACCAUCUCCAACACCGCUGGCUUUGAAGGCUACAUCGACUUAGGCCGCGAGCUCUCCAGCCUGCACUCGCUGCUCUGGGAGGCCAUCAGCCAGCUGGAGCAGAGCAUUGUGUCUAAACUGGGACCUCUGCCUCGGAUCCUGAGGGAUGUCCACACAGCAUUGAGCACCCCAGGCAGUGGGCAACUCACAGGGACCAAUGACCUGGCCUCUACACCAGGUUCCGGCAGCAGUAGCAUCUCAGCUGGGCUGCAGAAGAUGGUGAUUGAGAAUGAUCUUUCUGGUCUGAUAGAUUUCACCCGGUUACCGUCUCCAACCCCCGAAAACAAGGACUUGUUUUUUGUCACAAGGUCCUCCGGGGUCCAGCCCUCACCUGCCCGCAGCUCGAGUUACUCGGAAGCCAACGAGCCUGACCUUCAGAUGGCCAACGGUGGCAAGAGCCUGUCCAUGGUGGACCUCCAAGAUACCCGCACGCUGGACGGGGAGGCGGGCUCCCCCGUGGGUCCUGACGUCCUCCCUGCCGAUGGGCAAGCAACUGCAACUCAGUUGGUGGCUGGGUGGCCGGCCCGGGCAGCCCCAGUGAACCUGGCAGGGCUGGCCACAGUACGGCGGGCAGGCCAGACACCGACCACGCCAGGCACUUCCGAGGGCGCACCAGGCCGGCCCCAGCUGUUGGCACCACUCUCCUUCCAGAACCCUGUGUACCAAAUGGCUGCUGGCCUGCCACUGUCGCCCCGUGGCCUUGGCGACUCAGGCUCUGAGGGCCACAGCUCCCUGAGCUCUCACAGCAACAGUGAGGAGUUGGCAGCCGCUGCCAAGCUGGGAAGUUUCAGCACUGCCACAGAGGAGCUGGCGCGGCGGCCUGGAGAGCUGGCACGGCGGCAGAUGUCACUGACUGAGAAGGGCGGGCAGCCCACGGUGCCACGGCAGAACAGUGCUGGCCCCCAGCGGAGGAUCGACCAGCCCCCACCCCCACCCCCUCCACCGCCUCCUGCCCCCCGUGGCCGGACACCUCCCAACCUGCUGAGCACGCUGCAGUACCCACGACCCUCGAGCGGAACUCUGGCGUCAUCCUCACCUGACUGGGCAGGUCCUGGUGCCCGGCUGCGGCAGCAGUCCUCCUCUUCCAAGGGGGACAGCCCGGAGCUGAAGCCACGGGCAGUGCACAAGCAGGGCCCUUCACCCGUGAGCCCCAAUGCCCUGGACCGCACGGCCGCGUGGCUUUUGACCAUGAACGCGCAGUUGUUAGAAGACGAGGGCCUGGGCCCAGAUCCCCCCCCCAGGGAUAGGCUAAGGAGUAAGGACGAGCUCAGCCAAGCAGAAAAGGACCUGGCGGUGUUGCAGGACAAGCUACGGAUCUCCACCAAGAAGCUGGAGGAAUACGAGACCCUGUUCAAGUGCCAGGAGGAAACGACACAGAAGCUGGUGCUGGAGUACCAGGCCAGGCUGGAGGAGGGUGAGGAGCGGCUACGGCGGCAGCAGGAAGACAAGGACAUCCAGAUGAAGGGCAUCAUCAGCAGGUUGAUGUCUGUAGAGGAAGAACUGAAGAAGGACCACGCAGAGAUGCAGGCAGCUGUAGACUCCAAACAGAAGAUCAUUGAUGCUCAGGAGAAGCGCAUUGCCUCACUGGAUGCCGCCAACGCCCGCCUCAUGAGCGCCCUGACGCAGCUGAAAGAGAGGUACAGCAUGCAAGCGCGUAACGGCGUCUCCCCCACCAACCCCACCAAAUUGCAGAUUACUGAGAACGGCGAGUUCAGAAACAGCAGCAAUUGUUAACCUGCCUGAGGAGAGGGGGACUGGUGGCCAAGGGCAGGGUCUUGGCCUGGGGAGGCGCCCCCACAGUUGCAGCCCCAGCACGGGUGGCAGGAGGCCAAGUCUCCCCUCCCCACCGCCGCUGUCCAGGAGGCAGCCACAGAGGGAGCCGCGAGAGACUGAAGCAGCGUGAGGCGGGUCACCAGCCGCUCCCUCUCCGCUUCCAAGAAGCGUGUUGGGUGCAGGCAGAAGAGACUGCACGUGGGGGUGGGGACAGCCUGGCAGGAGUAGGGCCUGCCAAACAAAUGUCUCUUGGUUACCGAACAUGGUGUGUCACUUUGUCCUCCUUGUCCUGGCUGAGUGCAUGUUCCCCCACCCUGACCAGGGAGGCAGGGAGGGAGCUGCCCAGAGAGGGUGAGGAAAGGGCUAGGGGCCUGCUCCUGUGGCUUCCCCUUACCUCGGGAGCCCAGGACUCCCUGGAGGCUGGGCCCUGCCCUGUGGGACCUGGAAUCUGCCAGGUUGGUUGGCAGGUGGGGGUUGGGAGUGGGAGGACAGGAGGUUAUUGUCCCUGCCUGUCUCCACCCUACGCACCUGCCACUGCAUGCAGCCUGUUGGGACCCUUCCUGACUGUGAGGACCUGAGGGUGCACACCUACCCACUCCUCGUGCCUGUCUCCAGACUCCCUACCUCCUUCCCGUCCUCAGUCAUGUUGCUGAAUAGACCCAGUGAGGAUCCUGGCUUUUUCUUCUGGGCUGUCGCACCUUGUGGGAAGGAUCCGCAGCUUCCCACACCUUCCACAUGGGCCCAGGGUGAUGCUCUGGAGCUCCUGGAAGCCAAAGAUCUGGGCUGAGCUGGCCAGAUGGCACCAUGCAUUGUAUCUGCCUUCUCCUGGGGCCCCGAGCAUCCAGGGCACAGUGGCCCUGUAGGGAGUGGCCACCUGGUACUCACCCUGAGAGAAAAGGUGAUCUCUCCUCUGAUUGGUGGUCUUAAAAAAAUUCUAAUGCCCGCAGGCCCUGAGAAGGUGGAUAACUGUGAUUUUUUUUCCUUUCACAGUAUGCAUUAGAAACAAAAGCCCGCUUGCUCGCUUGCUGGAACACAGGGGCCUUUUAAAUUGAGCGUGCGCACUGCAUGGGAAAUAGCGGCCCUGGAGGAUGUUAGACUUGCUCCCUCUCCAAGACAGCAGCAGCCUGCACCAGGCCUGGUGCGUGCGGCCGGCGGCCCUCUCACCCUCCCCGGCCCCCCAGCCAAGGACCCAGGCGCUGCAGACAGGGGAGGGGCUCACCCCACAGCUGGGGCAGUUUUCCUCAGCUCUAGGCUAUCCUGCAGCUUAUCUGCUGCCUGCCACAUGCCCCUUGCAGGACAUAGAUGGGCAGCAGUGUGGGUCUCUCUCGGUCCCCUUCUGUUCUCCAACCCUGAAUAUUCCAAGCUCUGGCCCUGGAUGGCCUAUGGCAGAGUCUUUGCCCAGGCAGCAGAGCUGAGCCUGGGCCAGCUGCAGGAUCCACCACCUCUGCCCCUGCAGCUGGAAGGUGCCAGAGUCCCCUCCCUGAUGGGUAAAAAUGUGGAGGGAUGGCCCAGAGCCACACUGUACCCCAUCCUGAGCUUGCGGAUGGGGAGGCGGCUGCUCUGUGAAGAGGUUUCUAGAUACAACUGCAGUUCAGUUAGGCUAGAGACAGAUGCUGGGUCAACAGGGGUCCUAGACCUCUGAAAAAAAGGAGGUAAGGGCUGAAGCCCUGCCCCUGCCCCUCCUGCCCCACCCUUUUGCCCUGCUCCCACCUUCACCUGCGUGUCUCUGACCAGGGUGGCCACACAGGGAGGGCCUGGCUCUAGUCUCGUCCCCUGCUGCCCAGUGAGCUCUGUGCCUCCUCCCUACCCCCCUCUCACCAAUGCCUCAUAGAAUGACCUCCAACUGAGCACCCUUAGCAAUACAGAGAUGGGGUUCCCAGGGCCUGGACAGGAGGGCACAGAGCCCAGCACUGUGGCUGGUGCUGCUGCUCUCAGCGUGGGUUGUGAGCUCUCAGGCCGAGAGCCUUAUUUACCUGUGCAAAAACUGUAAAAGUGUACAGACUCUUCACAGAUUUUUAUCUUAAUUGCAAGUCUGGCGAUUUUUGUAAAUGUUCUUGGUGUUUGACUGUAAUGUAACUAUUUCACCUAAUGGUUGUACAUAGUCCUUUGGUCCUGGUGCUGCCGAGGGCUGGCCGGGACUGCUGCUCUCCCAAUGGUUUUUAUUUUAUUUCUUAGAGAACAGUAUUGGGCAGGAGGAGGAGUUUUGGGUCUGGGGUUGUUUUUUCCCCACCUGUGGCAUUUAUUUGUUGGCUUUGCAGUACGCUGUCUAGGUGGAAGCUGCUGGGAUGUGUGCCCUGACUGGGCCUACAGCGGGGGGCCCCCUGUCUGAGGCCACAGAGUUCCCACAGGGCAGGGGAAUGGAAAGAAGGACAGUCUUUGCUGAGGGAAAACCAUGGUCCCCAGGUCACCAAGACCCAGGCUCUGUUGGAGAAUGCUGUCCCCUGCCAACACUGAAGCCUGACUUUUUUGCUUAACUUUUAUGUUCAGGGUGAAGGAAACUGCCAAACCUCCCAUAGGUGAAGACUUUCUGACUGCCUAGAGAGGGGGUGGGUGGGGGCCAAGGGCAGAGCUCCACACACACCCCUGCCCACCGGAUCCUCUGCCCUGGGGUAAUACCUCUCCUCACCCCAUUCAUCUGCGGGUGCUGGACUGUCCAGGGAAACAGCCCCGCUCUUUUCUAUACACUCAGCCACAAAGCCACCCACAGCCCCCAUGCUCCCCUUUUGUAAGUAUGUGAAAAGGAAAAAAAUGCAAAUGUUGGAGUUUGGCUGGAGCUCGUCCCUUCAGCUGUGACUUUUAACUAUGUAAUAAUGUACAGAGAAAGUUGUUGGUGUUCUAAGAUUCUGUGUGGCUGUGCAAUUUCUGUACAUUUGCAAUUAGAAAUAUUAAAGAUUUAUUUAGCUAUUUUAA